AUGAUAGCUCUGGCGCACGAAAAGCUCCUCAGUCCAGUUUUCCAGGGAUCAGGUCACCUUCGAUUGACCACCGCGCAAACCCUGGAGCAAUUCGAUUAUGUUAUAGGCUUGGCUUCCGACAACUUGGAGCUUCUUAGGGAACCUGACGCAGUGUCACACGGUGAACAAGGCGCCGUGGUUCCAUUUGAGACGAAUUGGACCACGGCGGAUGAGCAUGAGUCAGAUGUCGUGAGGAAGGUCAAAAGAAGCUCACGUCGUUGUCGUGCUAGACCUCUGCUGGUAUCUUCCGUCAGUAUUCUAGUCUACUGGAUCGGGAAGAUGAGUGUUUCUCCUGUUCGGGCGUCGGAUUCGGAGCCGAGCAAGCGGUUGGUCAGUCCGGACAUGUUGGCCGAUGUGGGGUUCCGCAUAGAUCAAUACACAAUACGGCUCGCCACCUAG